UCUCCACCCAAAAAUUGGUUACUCUUGCUCUUCCUCACUUACCUCCUUCUCCCCAAGAACGCUUCCUCACUCAUCUCUCAUAACAAAAAAACAGAAAACAAAUCCAACAGAAUAAUGGACCUUUAAAAUGGAUUCAAUUUCCGGCACCCAUGUCCAAAAACAAAACAAAAUUUUCCGGACCCAGAACGGAAGAAACAUACGAAAAGAACUUUCAACUCUGCCGCGUGCCGCGUACCGCGUUCAAAGAUCCAAUCUUUCACCCAACAACCGCACCCCCAUCUGAUUUCAACUCGCUUUCCCAUUUCUUUUCUUUAAUUUUUUUUUUAAUUAAUUGAAAUAGUAGACGAUGACUGCUAUAAAUCAAAACCCCAUAAUUUAUUUUUUUCUCAGAAAUUGAGUGUUUCCUUUCGAAACCAAUUUUUCUCUCCUCUGUUUUUCUUUUUUUUUCCCAAAUUUUCAGUGGCGAUGCCGCUUCCGUGGAAGAAGACGAGGGCGAAUCGGAUUUCUCAAUUCGUCGCCGCUCAGUCGCCGAAGCGCGGCGGCUCGCUCGUCGUGCAGACCGGGUUUCCCACCUCUCUCAUCGACCUCUUCUUCAAGAACCGCGAUCACUUAAAGAAACCGUCGAAAAAGCAUAAGAACAAGAGCAAGAAGAGAGAGAGUCGGGUCGAGGACCGGGUUGAUGAUCGGAUCACUCUGAAUUGUGAACUGGGUUCGGGCGAUUUGCCGAUUUUGGUGAAACCCAGUUCGCCAAAGGUCGAGAAUUUGAAGCCCAGAGAAGCUGAUCACGGCGAUGAAGCUACUGGGGUUGAAAAUCGUAAGAAGAAUUGUGUUGUUGGCGGUGAGGAUUGCAUCGGUGGCAAUUGGGGGCCGGUUCUGACGGCGGUGAUGAAGAUGUUUGUGGUGGUGGUUUUGGCUCUCAGCACCAAGAAGCUCGUCGUUGGGGUCACAUUGUCUGCUUUUUUGCUUCUGCUUCUCGAAUACACCGGUAAGCACUUGGCUUUGUUCUUGAAACCAUGUUCGAAUGCGAAAUCUGUGAUGGGUCAGAGAUUGUCUGCGUUUUUAUUGUUUUUGAAUGGUUUCGAGAGUGAUGAUUUGAAGGGGGUGAUUGCUAGAGAAAGGACUGUGUUUUUAGAUUCUGCCAUUGAAGAGAUUGAGAUUGUUGAUGCUAACAAGAAGGGAAGAUUGAUUGAGUUGCUCCAUAUGGAUUGUGAGAACGAAAAGGCGGCGGAGAAGGGAAGUGUUUGCGUUGAUAAAACUUCCGGCGAAAAAAGUAUGGUUGAAUUGCUUGGAAUGGAAUGUAAGAAGAAGAGGGUGGUGGAUAAGAGAAGGGUUUGUGUUGAUAAGACUGUCGAGGAUGUGUCAUUGGUUAAGUUAUUGGGGAAGGAUUAUAAGAAGGUAAAGCUCGUGGAGGUGGCGAAGAUGGAGGUGAAUUUGUUGGGGAUAAGAAGUAAGGGUAGCAAGAAUGCUAAGAUUAAAGCUAAACUUAUCAAGAAAUUUGUGCCUAAGAAGUUGCGUCGAAAGGAUUCUAGUUUCCUGGGAGUUGAUAAGGUAGAGGGAUGUGAAGCACAAGAAGACCAUGAAGAUGUGAAGGAGGAGGAACACGAAAGCGAAAACAUAUCAGUGUUUUCACUAGAUGCAGAAGAGAAGUCUGAAAUCCAAGGAUUGGAUAGAGUUUCUGAUCACGGUGAAGGAUCAUUGGCUGGCGGAGAAACAACAUUGGUUGUUGACAAGAAGGGAAGAGAAGUAAAAGAAGGGAAUUUCGGGUAUCUGUUUCUCUUCCUCAUUGUUCUUGCCGGACUUUUUGGAGGUCGGCUUGUAGCCCUUUUGCUUACAGUCACUUUCUGUUUUUUGUCGAAGUUGAUUGGAAGACUGGUAAAAUUAUGUCCAUGACAAGUGUUCUGUCCCAAUCUCAAGUUAGACUGUCUUGUUUUGCUUCAGAUAUAGUGUUCUUCAAGUCUCAAAUUGUGUGAAAACCACUGUGAUAGAAAGAAAUUCCAACCUUUUCGUUGGCAACCCAGCUUGAGGUGUUGUACUCAAAACUGUAAAAUUGUUGCAGAUACAAAUAUUUAGUACAUAGUUCUUGUUUCAUUUUA